AUUAAAUGUGUGUUCCGGAACACACCACUUUAGUGGGAUAUCAAGAGUAACCACUGUUGAACAUAAGCCUCCCCUUAUGAGAUUGGGAAAACCACAAAUUGGCGUCGUCUGCUUGAUGUGCUGUCUCACGUCCUUGUACAAAUCGGGAGCUUAAGUUAGGUGCAUAAUGUUCUACAAAUAAUUUUACCAUGGAUACAAAUACAAAAGGCAUCAGUUUCAAGUGGAUUUCACCAUUUAUGAAACAAUGCUUUGUCACGGCUGGAGUAGCUCUAAAUAUGUUAAACCACGGUACAGUGAUCAGCUUUCCCUCAGCGCUUCUACCACAACUGAGAGAAACUCAUUUUAUAGAAAUUGAUGAUUCGUCCACAUCGUGGAUUGUAUCAAUAGUUGGAUUCGGUCUUAUGACUGGAGUGAUCAUAAUUCCUUUUAUCAUAAAACGCUAUGGAAGACAACUUAUAAAUCUUACAUCAGCUGUUUUGAUCACAUUGGGAUGGAUAAUUAUUUGCCUGUCAAAGACUACAUCUACAUUGAUAAUAUCAAGGUUUAUACAGGGAGUAGCCAACGGUUUCACUGCCAUCAUAGGGCCAGUGUUAGUUGGCGAAUACAGUAGCACAAAGAAUAGAGGAGCCUUCUUAGCUGUAAUGUCUGCAUCGUUGUUUGUGGGCGUAUCUCUUGCGCAUGCGACUGGAUCGUUUCUGUCUUGGCAGAAAUCAAGUUUAAUAUGUUCUAUUAUAAGCUUUUUGGAUAUAAUAAUUAUAAUAUUCUCCCCGGAGUCGCCGAUUUUCUUAGCAAGAAAAGAAAAGUAUGCUAAAUGUAAGAAGGUCUUUCACUGGCUCAAAGGCAACGACGAAGAUGAAGAAUUGAUUGAAAUAUUAAAUAGUGCUACCACAAAGCAUCAACACAAUGAUCGAAUAGAAUACAAUACUGAUUGUUUAAAUCGAAUUAUAAUAAUUGCUAAAAAAUGUGUUUCAACAUUGAAGAGAAGGGAAUUUUAUAAGCCUAUAAUUAUAAUGUUACAUCUGCACGCCAUAAACUUAUGGUGCGGAGCGACAAUUUAUGAUGCACUCGCAACAGAUAUUUUACAUGCAAUCGUCGGUCCAAAUGUUAAUGUUUCAUUAAUAAUAUUAUGUAUGGAUUUGCUAACUUUAGUCACGAAUGUGUUAUCAAUAUUUUUUAUAAGAAAAUUUAAACGAAAAAAUGUAUUAAUAUUUAGUGUGUCAAUUAACAUUCUAUCGUAUUUAUUAAUAGCUGGAUACUCAUAUUUGAAAACAAGACGAAUGUUACCAUUUGAUUGUCCAAUAGUUGGUAUAUUAUUGUGUAAUUUACAUUCGGCUUCUAUAAACGCUGGUUGUGUUUCAAUACCAAAUAUAAUAGCAGGCGAAAUAUUUCCUUUUGAAUACAAAGGUGUUGGGGGAAUGGUGUGUUUAUUGUUUUUCUCUGUUAAUCUAUCAAUAACACUUAACAUUACGCCAUAUUUAUUCACAACAAUUGGACUAUCUGGUACGUAUUCUGUUUUCGCAUUGCUCGUAUGUUACAGUUUGUUGAUUUCAAUCAUUAUAUUACCUGAAACGAAAGAUAGAACGCUUUUGGAAAUUGAAAACGAGUUAAGAGGUAAGAGUAUCGUUAGAGACAAUAUAGAAUUGAACGUCUUGGUUCCCUAAGUUAGUAUUGCUAAAUGAAAUAUUAACACUAUGUAAGGGGAAGUUUAAAUACUAUGUAACGCAAUUUUUGAAGAUUUUUAGGUCUUAUCUGAUCUCACUAAAACCCAAGAUAGAGUCCAAAUAAAUAAGAGUAUUGUAUUCUCUGUAAAAGUUAUUAUUUUAAUUAUAAAUGGUUAUAUUAGUUUUUAAUAAAUUUUUUUGCUA